CACACACACACACAAGUCCUGUAUCACCGGGAGACUUGAUGCUCAACGCUGUAUUGUUUCCAUGAACGUCUGGGUGGAUGUGAAGAUGUGAGCAUCACGCUGAGGCUCCAGGCCCAUUGGUCUCUGCCUUCAACCAUUAUCUUGCUUCUCCGGCUGUCUCUUCGUGCUCUCCAUCCUUCCCGUUCGCCCUUCUUCCUUUAACCCGUGAAGAAUGAUUAGCAUGCAGGAGACCAGGAGAAGUUUCCAGCGUGAGUGAGGACGAGAACGAGUGAACGAGUGAGAGAAAGAGGAAAAUACAAGCAGAAGAAAGUUGAGAGCGACGGCAGCUUUCUGAGACCGAAAAUGAAAUUUGAGAAGUAGUGACCAGUCAGAUACUAUAGAGGAGUAAACAGAGGUCUGAACCACAGAGCAAACAAACCUGCAAUUACAUCAGAUGGAGGUGGAUGUAGCAGAUGAGAAGCGCCAUUGCACACGCUCAAAAGACUGACCUCUCACGUCCUUUGUCCUCUCUCUUUCCUCACAGUCCCGUUGGAGCCAGCCAUACAGGAGAUAUUCAGUGUGUAUGGCUGUCCUGUGGCCAAGAAGAGGAAACCUCUAGAGAGUCAUGCCCUGGAGCUGUCGCCCAACAGAAAGGUCUUUCUAACAGUCAUAGAUCAGGAGUCGAUGGAGAAAUGCUACGAAACAGAUAAAAUGGAGGAAAAAGAGGACGAGGAAGAUGAAGAGGAAAGGGAAGAAGAGGAGGAAGAGGAGUUUACAGACAAUGAGGACCAAUAUGAGAAUGAAGAAGUAGAAGUGAUAAAUGGAGAUGAGGAAGAGGUGGAAGAGGAAGAAGAAGAAGUGGUGGAGGAAGAGGAAGAAGAAAGAGAGGUAGAAGAAGAGGAGGAAGUGGAGGAAGAUGAGGGAGAAUAUGAGGAGCAAGUUGAAGAAAUAGAUAGUGAUCAUAUAAACUGCGGUAAACAGAGCGCAACAGUGGAGAAGGACGACAACAACAACGACGAAUACGAAAACUACGAUGAACUGGUGGCCAAAUCUUUGCUUAACCUUGGCAAGAUUGCUGAGGAUGCUGCUUACCGGGCCAUGACUGAGUCAGAGAUGAACAGCAACUCCUCGAACAGCGCAGAGGAGGAGGAGGAGGAAGAAGAGGAGGAUGAAGAAGAGGACGAAUAUGAUUAUGAAGACGAGGACGAGGAAGGUGAGGAAUGUUCUAGGAAGGGUGAGCUGAGCCUAGACGUCAACAGUGAUGUGGUCAGAGAGACGGUGGACUCGCUUAAGCUCUUGGCACAGGGUCACGGAGUUACACUUUCAGACGUUCACGAAGGAGACUAUCAAGAGAACGGAGAGUGCGGGAACAUUAACGCUAAUGGACUCAACAAUUGUGGGCAGGGCAGAACCAACACUAAUGGUCAGAUGGCAGAUAGGAGCGAUGAGGAAGUUUGCCUGAGCAGUUUGGAGUGUCUUCGCAACCAAUGCUUUGACCUGGCGCGUAAGCUAAGCGAAACCAAGCCGACCAACAGCCAGCAGGUUCAUCAACUUUCUCAGGAGGCCCAACAGCAGCUCCACAACCCCGAGGAACGCCGCGUCCUUGAGCGUAACUACUCGGACAUGGUCAACCUGAUGAAGCUGGAGGAGCAGCUCAGCCCUCGCUCCAAGACCUUUUCACAAGAGCACAACAGCUUUCCGGACUGCGAUGAGGACACCACGUCCGUAGCGUCGGACCACUCGGAGGAAGUGUUCGAUAUGACCAAGGGCAAUCUGUCGCUUCUGGAGAAGGCCAUAGCACUGGAAACCGAGCGGACCAAAGCCAUGCGGGAGAAAAUGGCCUCAGAGGCAGUCAGGGGAAAUCGAUUGCAUUUGCAUGAUGGUUUACGACACAGCUACGCAGAGGAACGUAAGGCACGUCUGCACCAUGAUGGACUGAGGAAGCCCUUCUACCUGAAAGAUUCUUCACGGUCAGGGAAGAAAGAAAGUCGGUGCCCGACGCCUGGUUGUGAUGGGACAGGUCAUGUGACGGGUUUGUACCCUCACCAUCGCAGUCUGUCUGGAUGUCCUCAUAAAGACAGAGUCCCACCAGAAAUUCUUGCAAUGUAUGAAAAUGUUCUUAAGUGCCCCACGCCUGGCUGCACGGGCCGGGGUCACGUCAACAGCAACCGGAACUCUCACAGGAGUCUGUCGGGCUGCCCGAUUGCAGCUGCGGAGAAACUGGCCAAAGUCCAUGAUAAACACCAACCUUGUGACGGGACCAAAUCAAGCCAGAGUUCAGACCGGGUCCUCAGACCCAUGUGCUUUGUGAAACAGUUGGAAAUUCCACAGUACGGUUAUAAGAACAACGUCCCCACUACAACCCCACGCUCCAACCUUGCCAAAGAGUUGGAGAAAUACUCCAAAACCAGCUUCGACUACAACGGCUUUGACAACCACAACGUCUACAGCAAACGGCAAACCGCCACGCCCAAAGUCCUCGGUCGAGACUCGCUGCCCAAAAGCGAUGACGCCAAGCGCUACUGCAAGAGUCCGAGCUCAGCGAGCAGCACCACCAGCAGCUACGGGCCCUGCAGUAGUCUGAGUUGUGGAGGGGGUGGAGCCGGGGGCGGAGCCAGAGGCGGAGAAAGCAGCGCCAGCAGCACCUGCAGCAAAAGCAGCUUCGACUUCACCCACGACUUAGAGGCGGCACACAUGGCUGCCACUGCCAUCCUCAACCUGUCCACUCGCUGCAGGGAGAUGCCACAAAGCCUGAGUGGAAAACCACUGGAGAUCUGCGCGCAGUCUGAUGAUCUGGAUCCCUUCCAUGACAUUUUAGAAGAUAGCACGUACGCUCCAGAUGUCAAUAUUCCCAGUCCAAAACCAAAAUUCCCACCUUGCAAAGAAAGCAAGAAGGAUCUGAUAAUUCUUUCAGGUUGUCCUUUAGCAGAUAAAAGCAUUCGGAAUAUGAUGGCCACCAACUCCCAAGAGCUCAAGUGCUCGACCCCGGGCUGUGACGGCUCGGGACAUAUAACUGGCAACUACGCUUCACAUCGAAGUUUGUCAGGAUGUCCACGCGCUCGAAAAAGUGGAAUAAAGAUUACUCACAGCAAAGAGGACAAAGAAGACCAGGAGCCAAUCAGGUGCCCGGUGCCCGGCUGUGACGGUCAGGGUCACAUAACAGGGAAAUACGCAUCGCACCGCAGUGCGUCAGGCUGUCCUCUAGCGGCCAAACGGCAGAAAGAUGGAUAUAUCAACAGUUCCCAGUUCACAUGGAAAGCUGGUAAAGCAGAAGGAAUGGCGUGUCCCACUCCGGGCUGUGAUGGAUCUGGACACGUCAGUGGCAGUUUCCUCACCCACAGAAGUCUCUCUGGUUGCCCACGAGCCACAGCGGCCAUGAAGAAAGCCAGACUAUCAGGGGUGGAGAUGCUCACAAUUAAACAGCAAUCAAGCAACGGUUUAGACAGCGAUAGAGAAGUUAAACAACUAAAUGAAGAUAUUGAAGAUUUAAAUGAAGCUAAUUCACAGGUGGAGGCAGAUAUGAUCAAACUUAGAACACAGAUUACAACAAUGGAGUCAAAUCUGAAGUCCAGAGAGGAAGAAAACAAGAAAUCAUCACUUCAUAAAGAGCCCAAUAGAAAUAACAGCUGUUUACAGCUUCAUCAGAGAGAGCCAAUGAACGAAGAGAACUUUGAUGCUUAUGUCAGCACACUAACGGACAUGUACACAAACCAAGAGCAGUAUCAGUGUCCGGAGAACAAGGCCCUGCUGGAGAACAUUAAACAAGCGGUACAAGGCAUUCAAGUGUAGCUUCUCUGCUAAUGAACGGGAAGGAAUACAGGGGACAAAAGACAAUUCCAGAAAAAUGGGAUGCAUCAUAUUGUGUGUCAGUGUUAAAUACAUACGUUCUUUAAAAAAGUCAAUGGUCAAGUGUUAUGCUGACUAUGAAUAUGAUUUUUCUUUGGACUUGCAGUAUUUUUUGGCCUUGCUUAAAAAAAUUACAAUGUGCAGAACAAUCUGCGGUUUUUGGAAAUAUUCACAUUUUGUACGUUUUCAUAUGGACUAACAUGGUGUGAAGUCAUCUUUCUCGCUGCUCAUUAAUGCACCUUUUAGUGUAUAUUUCUGAAAAGUAAUGCAACCUUUACUGAAUAUACAUUCUUUUAAAAUGCUUGCUGAGAGAGGAUUGCAGAGAGAAGUCGGAGGUGAAGUGUGUCAUUUUGCAACGUUUUAAAACACUAAACAAUGCUAAAUACUUUCACUGUGAUUUUUAAUGCUGAAGCAGGGGACCAAAAUUGGCAUGUCUCCAUUUCUGAACCACCCACGCUUCGUCAGAAAUCGUUUACUGUGACAAUUACAUGAAGUACUCUCAACUUUAUUGUUAAAACAACUAUAAUUUAUAACAAUAUAAUUAUAGUAUGUGUGGCUGCACUAUAUAAAGUACGGUAAAUACAUUUAGACAUACUGCAUCCACCAUGUCGUGUGACCUGUAUGUUUUUGAACUGUGAUGUAAUCAGAGCAACUACGACCAUAACUUACAUCUGCGUUGUAAGCAGAAUAAAGCAUGUGCUUAAAAUCUCAAAAAAUUAGGAAAUGAUUAUAUUUUGCCCAUAAAACUAAGUAAGAGAUAAAAAGAUGCUUAAUUGAUUUUGAGGUUGCAUGCAAAAUCCACUUGGCUCAAAAAUCCGAGGGGGCACGUGCCCACUCAGUUACAAUGGGCGUGACACCUAUGCCCCGGCCAAUGAGCAUUAAGCUUUGUUUUUUUCCAUCUUGCUUUUCAUCAACACAGUCUCUCUAGUGCAACUGAGCCUGCCUUCAAAAUCUGACAAGCCUGUUUAGCCAUCCCAAAAGGUUUUUUGGCACACCUCAAUGUGACAUCAGAGCAAGUUAGACAUACCUCGGAAACUUUUUUAUAUUCACUAGUUGGAAUUUGGCAACUCCUCAUCUCACAUGGCCUCACGGGAUAGUAAAGUGUCCAUCAAAUGCAUGCAUAAACCAUGGUUUUACUACAGUAAAAAAAUGUGGUUACUGUAGUAAAAUCAUCAUUACUCAAAAAUAACCAUGGUUUUGAUUUUCAAAAACCAUAGUUAAACUACGGUUACUGUAGUAAAACCAUGGGUUUGCUUAUAGAAAUCAAUACACCAAAAAACAUGGUUACUACAUAUUUUUACCUAAAAAAGCACGGUUCAUUUUUGUAAGGAAAGGUCAUGAAUCUUUGUUGAGAGUUGAUUUUUAAUCAGAUAUAUAAAUAAAGGAAACUGUUCAUAAUGUGCAGUGUGGCUCCUCAGGACCAGCAUUAAAAACCACUGAAAGUUUUUUUUUUUGCCCAACCAGCCAAACAAAAAGAAAUCAUCUCAUGGGUUUUAGGCAACAAACCUGUUUGUGUAAUCAAUAGUUAGUAAGGAAUUUCCAAAUCCUUUUCGAAAGUCAUUGUUAUUGCAAAUUCUUUUAGCAGUUGUGGUAAAAUUACACACUUUACUUUUGCAAAUGCAAAAACUACAAAUUGUAUUAAUAAUUUUACCUAUGAUUUAAAAAAAGUGAAAGUUAGAGUUAAAAAGAAAAGAUCAUGUGAAUCAUUCAUUGUAAACAUCAUGACACAUCUAUUGGUGCAGAUCCUGUUCCUUUGCAAAUGUGCUAAAAAGAUGUUUUGUUUAUUUAAUAGAAAAACAUUGUCAUUUAAACUGCAUUAAUGUGAUGGCAAUAGCUCGCUAAAUCACUCAUUACACCAUAUGCAUUUUUAUUCGGUAUCUGCUUGAAGUAACAGUAGCCAAAAUCAGACUGUCUCAGCAAUAUAUGAACUAACCGUGUGUUCGAAAAAGAGAUGCACUCAACGUGAUGGAAACAGUUUGGGUAUAUGCAAUUUUGUGUUUGUACAGUGGAAGCUACAGAAACUUUUUUCUAUAUGUAAAUGAUUGAUUUUUAUAGAAAUCUUUUAAUAUAAAAGUUUUAAAAGAAAGAAAACAUGGACAAUAAGUUGAGAGACAGGCGAGAGUUUCAUUGUGUUUCUGUACAGUGCUGCACAAGGACGCUUAUGUUUCCAUGUUCGGAUGUUUGUAUGAAAACAGAAAGGAUUUGUAAAGAGUAUAUGGACAAUGAGAGCAGGACCUACAGGGUUUUAUCCCCACUUUAGUGCCAGAAGACUAUUUGCACUUGUCUGAGAGAUUUAUCCAACCUUUGCUUGAUGUGCAAUCUUCAGGUGUCUCUUUGGCACGCGCCUGGAAGGCGUAAUGACGGACAUUUAGAGGUUUGUUGAGAGAUUACAGGGAUUCGACGGGACAAUAUCUUUAUUGUGAAUUUAACAUAUGAUGCUAGCUCAUUUCGUAUGAUCUAUAUCAUGACAAAAUAAUCCCCAGGCACUUUAUGUCUAAUCACUGUACAGUCAAUAAAGAGUAAUCAAUCAAAAAUAAGUGAAGAAAAAAUCUCCUGAUACGAUGGGGUCGGAGUCUAAAGUAGAAUUUGGGGUUGUUGCAGAAAUAUGCGACCCUGAUUUCCAUUGUACUAAUAACUGUAGCAACCUUGUUAAUACCUUAUUGAGAGCGAAUGGGAAGGUGCUUGACUUUCACUGGAUCUCGUACUAAUCUGUCCUUUAUGGGACUACAUUAUUCAUGAUUGCACAGAAUCUCGUCUGCAGCUUUUUGCCGAUAUAGCAAUGCUUUCAAAAAAGAAUUAAAUCAUUUUUGAUUAUAAAGUAAUUGAAAUUGAAGCACAAACAUUCAGAUCAUUUACUGUCAUUUAAAAAAAAGAUAUCCGUGACUCAAGGUAAUGCAAAAAGAUGUCACGUGUUAUAAUGCCGAAUUUUUAUAUGAAUUAUUGUGAAUUCAUGAGUUCAUUUAAUCGAAAUUCUUCAUUUCGAGGUUGAAUUGUUUAAUCAUGAAUGAAGACAGGAUUUUGUAUAAACUAUUGUGCUCGAUGUGGAACUGGAGUUUGACUUAUUUUUGUACGACACAGCAUGAAUUUGUUGACAUUUUAAUUUUAAUAUAAAUGUGUGAGAUCACAAGUUGCUGUGAUUUUUUCAUUUUUAAAAAUUGUGAAAUUUGUACAAUAUUUGUCAUGGCUGGACGUUGACACAUCAUACUCUAAAUAAAGACAAAUGGUGUUGCCACAGACUGAAGUAAAUGUAUAAUAAAAUAAA